UAUACAGUUGACUCUCUCUAUCUCGACUACCCUCUAUCUCGAACAUCUCUCUAUCUCGAACCAAAGUCUCGGUCCCUUGGACAUUUUUGUAGGCUCUAAGCUAUUUUCCUCUCUUUAUCUCGAACCUCUCUAUCUCGAAUACCUCUCUAUCUCGAACCAAAAUCUCGGUCCCGUCUGACUGUUUCUCUCUCUAUCUCGAACUUUUCCGGAUUUAAGAACCUAUUUACACUAAAAAUCGAAUUAAAACGUUCCAUUUUCGAACGAAAAUGUUUGACGUUCGAAUUCUAAAGUCACUCACAAAACAUUGUUUACAGUGUUUUGAACCAGAAACCUUCUUGAGGUGAAGAUGUCGGCUUUAAAAAGAAAACUCAAUAACGUUUCUUUAAUUCAAAAAUGUCAAAUAAUUCGGGAAAUCGAGAAAGGAAUGUCAAACAAGGAGGCAGCAGAAAAAAACGGGAUCCCCAAAAAUACAAUUUCAACUUGGAUGAAAAAAAAACAUAAGAUCCUACAAAGCUUGGAAGAACAAAAAACCGCGUCUGGUUCGAAAAAGGUUCGAGGCUGUGAUUAUGAGCAGAUAGACAAGGCUGUUUUCAAAUGGUUUACUGUUCAAAGAAGCCAAAACAUUCCGAUCGAUGGCAAUUUGAUAAAAGAAAAGGCACUCAGUUUUGCUAAAAACUUUGAUUGUUCAAGUUUCAAGGCUUUCGAUGGUUGGCUGGACAAAUGGAAAAAAAGUGCAACGCAACUCUGGGAAAUUUUAAGAUUUUUGACAUAAUUGAAAGAAUCCAUAGCAAGGAACUCAUCCAUUGUGGUUCAAGAAAAACUUUUGAACAGAACAAGAAGAUCAGUUAACGCGAGAUUUAAAUGCCAGGUGGAAAACUUUCGCGAAACGAAAUCACGACCUAAUGCAACGUUUGCUUUCUGAGUCUUGCGACGAAAAAAAAAUCCUUUGUUGAAGUAUUCAAAAGGCAGUGGUUCCAAGUUUCAUUGGGCUGCAUUUAAAUCAUUACGCGAAACCAAUCCUGAGUUUCAUGAUGAAUAUUUGAGGAAUAGUGAAAAUGUACCCAGCGGUUUUGUACAUUUUCUCAGAAGCAACUUUUCUGAAUUAGGCAUCAGUGCAACUUCCCAUAGCCGGAUUGGAUACAUAACGGCUAAGUUUAAAGACUUAUUUGAUCGAAAUGAACAGUAGUAGAUUUCAUUAUACAUGUCCUACAUUAACAAUUAUUUAUUACUAUGUUCUUUGACUUAUGUUAUAUUCAUGUAUUUGUUAAAAAAAUUCGGCAAGAAUACUUACUGUCUUUAUCAUUUGUUAUCUUUUCUUUUGGAGAAUGUGGAUAUUUAAUGUUUUUAAGAUCACCAAGUCUAAUAUGCAGGUUUUUAAAGUUUCAAAGUUCAGCAGACACCCCAACCCAUAUGAUCCAAGAAGGUUCAGGAAAACGUAGGUAGAGGUUAUAUGCCUGCCCAUGUUGUCCAAAAAGGUUUAGGACAAUAUGGGUAAAGGUUUUAUGCCUGCCCAUGUUGUCCAAAAAGGUUUAGGACAAUAUGGGCAGAGGUUAUAUGCCUGCCCAUGUUGUCCAAGAUAGUUUAGGACAAUAUGGGUAAAGGUUAUAUGCCUGCCCAAGUUGUCCAAAAGGGUUUAGGACAACAUGGGUAGAGGUUAUAUGCCUGCCCAUGUUA